AAAAAAACCAUUGUAUUGUGUGUAACAUUUGUGAUUCUGACACAACCUUCCUUUCCUUGACAGACCUCUUUACAGGUUUGUGUUUAGGCACUAGUCAGUUAUUUUCAAGCUGCCUCCUGAUUAUUUUCACUUGUAAAAGCCCUGAAUCAUCAGUCCUGCUGAACCGCCUGCAGACUAACAACACAAACAGGUGGAUUGUGAGUGAAGCUCUGCAGGUCCGCCAUUGGCUUGAUAACAGUGGUUUAUGUGAAUUCAGUGAAUUCAAUUUAUAAAUCAAUCUUUCACCAAGCAUUCACCUAUUUAUUGACAAAACAGAUUCAAAAAAGAUUAAAUCGAUUAUGGAUUUAACAAGUAUAACGACUCUCAUCUACUAUGUGAGUCUCCUGAUGAGCGGCUACCACUGGGACUUUGACAACAUUUUUAAUGGCGAAAAUACAAUUUCUGAUUCUGACAGACCAAAACUUAAGCCAGGUGAUCUUAUUUUGAGGGCUGCAGAACAUAAAGUUGGGAGACUAUUUUUCCAUGCUGGGGUUAACACUGAAGACAAUGAAGUCAUUCACUUUCAAUUCGAAACAGUCAACGACCAGUCGAAAUUUUCCUGGAGUGCAUCUUCAAAGGGAAAACGCAAAAUCAGCAAAGAAAGUGUGAGUAGUUUCAUUGAGGAUCAGCCUUACUGGGUUUUCCGUUUGAAAUCUGGCAUCCCUAAAGACUUCAAGGACAAAGUAAAGAGGGGAAUGAACUUUAAAGAGGAGUACCAUCUAUUGACAAACAACUGUCUACAUUUUGCCCUCAGACUACUGGGUGUGACACAGGAAGAGAAUGAUAGCUUCAUGGACAGAAGGGCAAAGAACAAUUUUGAGGAGGAUUCUGCAAAUAACAUAUGGACAAAUGACAACAGUCUUUCACCACUAAUCGGGAAUCGUGUACACAAUGGGGAUGUCUACAACAUGAUGACCCAAACCACCAGCAUGUCCGCUUUUAUGACACACUAUGUGAAAACCCUUUAAGCUAUACAUGAUCUUCAGUAGCAAUUUCAGUCAAUCACUUCAUUAUUAUAUUUGGCAACAGACAAGUUAAAAGUUUAUUAUCUGUUUUAUGUUACAUCUUUGGAGUUUUUGUUUCCUUGCUGGUCAUCUCUGGCUUUCUCAUGUAUUUUUUUGACUAAUCACCUUUUCACUAUUCACAUUUUUGUAUCAUUUUUGUCUAUUUAAAUGUUAACAUGUACAAUGGAUGUUUAAACAAUAUACUUUUUUGGACAUUGAACAUACACUAUAAAUUCUAUUAGAAUAAACA